AUGUCGAAAACCCCUAAAGUGACUAUAAUUGGUGCAGGAAUUUCUGGAUUAAAAGCAGCUCAUACAUUGCUACAAGAUCCCAAUAUAAAACCCGAAGAGGUCAUAAUAAUUGAAGCUCAAGAUCAUAUUGGAGGUAGACUAAAAACCACCGAGGAAUCACAAUCAAAAUUGGGUAUAAGGUAUGAUUUAGGUGCUUCUUGGUUCCAUGACUCGUUGAAUAAUAGUACUUUGAAUUAUUUGAUUGAAAAUAAUAGAAUUGAUUUAGGAAAAGAUGUUUACUAUGAUGAUAAAGAUGUUCAAGUUUAUUCCAGUGAUGGAUAUCUAGAUUCAGGAGACCUUAAGCUAAAUAGAGUUUUGGAAGAUAUUGAGAAAUACAUUGAACUUUACUUUCACGAAGAUAUAGACAAAGAGGAUAUUUCAUGUAUUGAAAUAGUUGAUAAAUUUUUGGAAAAAUAUGAUCCAUUGUUAACUGACGAGCAAAAGAAAUAUUGUGGUCGUAUGAUGAGAUAUUUGGAGUUAUGGUUUGGUAUAAGUAACGAUAUAUCAAGUGGGAAAUUUGCAGUAAUGGAUCAUCAAGGUAGAAACUUGUUAAAUAAAAAAGGUUAUUAUUAUUUAGUUGAUGUAUUAGCAAAUGAAAUUCCAAAACUGUCUAUUUUAUUGAAUGAACCAGUCAAAACAAUUUAUAGACAAAAUAAUAACAAAAAAAUUUGUGUUGAAACUAAAAAUGGAUUAAAAGUGUACUCAGAAUAUUUAAUUGUCACCGCUCCAUUAUCAAUACUACAGUUAGAUCAAAAUCAUGAAUAUGGUAUCAAAUGGGAGCCUCCAUUAUCGGAAAAAAUACAAAAAUCACUCAAAACUAUGCAUUUUGGAGCUUUAGGAAAAGUAGUAUUAGAAUUUGAUAAUAUAUGGUGGGAUAAAAAUCAAGAUAGAUUUCAAAUAAUAGCCGAUCAGGUAUCCACUGAUAAUUUAUCAAAACCAUUAAAAUCACUACCUGCUUCAUUCACUUACCCAGUGUAUUGUGUUAAUUUUGCUUGUGUACAUCCAAACAAGAAAGGGGGUAGUUUAGUGUUUUUAAUACAAUCUCCUUUAACUGAAUACUUAGAAUCACACCCAGAAGAAGUUUGGAAGUAUUAUAAACCAAUGUUGGAAAAAAUGCCAAUAACCCCAAUAACAGAUCCAAUAAAUAUAAUAGUUACAGAUUGGACAUUAAAUCCAUAUAUUAGAGGUGCAUAUUCUGCAAUGCAUGUUGGUGAUGAUGCUAAUGAUUUAAUUAUAACAUUAUCGGGAGAAUUUGAAAAUUGUGGUAUAAGUGAAAAAAAUAUUAGAUUUGCUGGUGAACAUACGGUUGCAGACGGUGCUGGAUGUGUUCAUGGUGCCUAUAAUAGUGGUGAAAGAGAAGCUAAAUGGAUAUUAAAUGAUUUAAAUCAAAAGUAA